UGCAUAUUAAAGUAAACUAUCAUUUUCCAGCAAUGAUGUAUCCUGAGUUCCAGUACAGGCCACCUCCCCCAUCUUAUCAAGCAUCUAUGCAAGAAUACAGGCUUCGACUGCUACUCCUGGAUCGCCAGCAAGGCUCUGGGUCAGCUUCCAAUACAGCCUCAGCCUUAUCACCUGUAUCUCCACCCCCUACUUACAGGUCACACACAACAAGCACCCUUCAUUCCAGGCCUCCCCUUGCGCUCACUGAGAGGGAAUACAGUAGGCCACCUAGUUACCGUUCCCGGGCAAGCUCUGCGGGAGUACUGAGGCCGAGUACUGAGACUCUAUGCUCUGUAUCUACGCAGCCUCUGCAACAACCUCAGCCAACUGUCCUCACAACUAGUCACAGUCGCAAUCCUUCGCUGAGUCUCAGCUUCCUGUCUCACGAAUCACUCUUCCUAGACUCUGGUCAUUCGAGGCCUGCCAACCAGCAGGAUCCGGUACACUUCACAAGUCCUAGUGGCGAGUCACAGAACUCUGUUGUGGCCGGCCUUAGUGAUGACAGUCCUCCAUCUACAGGUCUAUCCUCCACUUGGGGUCGUGGCUGGAAACCUCACCACCACGACAUCAAUGCAGUGACCAUCGUCCAGACUACUGACUCGUCCCAGGUGCUCAACAGGGACACAGUGAUACUGUCAGUACCAGGCAGGGAGGUGCCUGAUUUGGGAAAUACAUCAGCAUCUGCUGGUGAAGUGAGGAUUUUGGCCCAUGUAUGAUAAUGAAUAAUUUAGUUACUUCAAAGACUGUUUUUUUUUUCUUCUAUCACUUUCAAGUCAUUGUGUCAAAUGAGAAGUCAGGAUGUUGAGUUUGCUUUCGUUCAUUUUAAGAACACUUCAACAAUUGUAUGGCCUGUGCGUGCAUUUUGUUGCCAUUUAUUACAGUUCGUAAUAAUUCUAAAAAAUAGAUAAUCUUUUUCACCCAUUUGGUUUCUAUUCCCAAACUUAAUUUUUAAAGUAAGAUACAAGUAAUAAAAUGAUUAGGUAAUUACAAUUCGAAAAUACUAACGGA